AUGGAGUCGGUAAAACAAAGGAUUUUGGCCCCGGGGAAAGAGGGGAUAAAGAAUUUUGCUGGAAAAUCCCUCGGCCAGAUCUACAGAAGGGUCCUGGAGAAGAAGCAAGACACCGGUGAGACCAUUGAGCUGACAGAGGAUGGCAAGCCACUAGAGGUGCCUGAAAAGAAGGCUCCACUGUGUGAUUGCACCUGCUUUGGCCUGCCGCGCCGCUACAUCAUAGCCAUCAUGAGCGGCCUCGGCUUCUGCAUCUCCUUUGGCAUCCGCUGCAACCUGGGUGUGGCCAUUGUGGACAUGGUCAACAACAGCACCAUCCACCGCGGAGGCAAAGUUAUCAAGGAGAAAGCCAAAUUCAACUGGGACCCUGAAACCGUGGGGAUGAUUCACGGCUCCUUCUUCUGGGGCUACAUCAUCACCCAGAUUCCGGGUGGAUAUAUCGCCUCGCGGCUGGCUGCCAACCGGGUCUUUGGGGCUGCAAUACUGCUCACCUCGACCCUCAAUAUGUUGAUCCCGUCAGCAGCCAGAGUGCAUUAUGGAUGUGUCAUCUUUGUUAGGAUACUGCAAGGGCUUGUGGAGGGUGUCACCUAUCCAGCCUGUCACGGGAUAUGGAGCAAGUGGGCCCCUCCUUUGGAAAGGAGUAGGUUGGCUACCACCUCCUUCUGUGGUUCUUAUGCUGGAGCAGUCAUUGCGAUGCCCUUAGCUGGCAUCCUCGUGCAGUACACCGGAUGGUCUUCGGUAUUUUAUGUGUAUGGAAGCUUUGGCAUGGUCUGGUACAUGUUCUGGCUUCUGGUGUCUUAUGAGAGUCCUGCAAAGCAUCCUACCAUUACGGACGAAGAACGUAGGUACAUAGAAGAAAGCAUUGGAGAGAGCGCGAAUCUGUUAGGCGCAAUGGAAAAAUUCAAGACCCCGUGGAGGAAGUUUUUCACGUCCAUGCCCGUCUAUGCGAUAAUCGUUGCAAACUUCUGUAGGAGUUGGACCUUUUACUUACUGCUCAUCAGUCAACCAGCUUAUUUUGAAGAAGUCUUUGGAUUUGAAAUCAGCAAAGUUGGCAUGCUGUCUGCGGUCCCACACCUUGUUAUGACAAUCAUUGUGCCUAUUGGGGGGCAAAUUGCAGAUUUUCUGAGAAGCAAACAAAUUCUUUCAACAACUACAGUGAGAAAGAUCAUGAAUUGUGGUGGUUUUGGCAUGGAAGCCACCCUGCUUCUGGUUGUUGGCUACUCUCACACUAGAGGAGUGGCCAUCUCCUUCUUGGUGCUUGCAGUAGGAUUUAGUGGAUUUGCUAUCUCUGGAUUCAAUGUGAACCACUUGGACAUUGCUCCAAGAUAUGCCAGUAUCUUAAUGGGAAUUUCCAAUGGCGUUGGCACACUGUCAGGGAUGGUCUGCCCUAUCAUUGUCGGUGCCAUGACCAAGAACAAGUCCCGCGAAGAGUGGCAGUAUGUCUUUCUCAUCGCUGCGCUCGUCCACUAUGGCGGAGUCAUAUUUUAUGCAAUAUUUGCCUCCGGAGAGAAGCAACCUUGGGCAGAUCCUGAGGAAACAAGUGAAGAAAAAUGUGGCUUCAUUCAUGAAGAUGAACUGGAUGAAGAAACGGGGGACAUCACACAGAAUUAUAUAAAUUACGGUACCACCAAGUCUUAUGGGGCCACCACACAGGAGAACGGAGGCUGGCCUAAUGGCUGGGAGAAAAAGGAAGAAUUUGUUCAGGAAGGAGCACAAGACGCAUACACCUUUAAGGACCAAGAUGAUUAUUCAUAA